AAGAGCGAAUGUUUGAGUGGCGGGCCGCUCUACCCAAUCGGAAGCAAGCUACCUUUCGGCCCUGCUGCACGCCGGCGCUGGUGGAAGAUGGACUCUCUUAUUCUGGAACCCUCCCUGUACACAGUGAAGGCUGUUCUGAUCCUGGACAAUGACGGCGACAGGCUUUAUGCAAAGUACUAUGAUGACACUUACCCCACGGUGAAGGAGCAGAAAGCCUUCGAGAAGAACAUCUUCAACAAGACGCACCGCACAGACAGUGAGAUCGCUCUCCUGGAGGGGCUGACUGUCGUCUAUAAGAGCAGCAUCGAUCUGUACUUCUACGUGAUUGGCAGCUCACACGAGAACGAGCUGAUGCUAAUGUCCGUGCUGAACUGCCUGUUUGACUCGCUCAGUCAGAUGUUCAGGAAGAACGUUGAGAAGAGGGCUCUGCUGGAUAGCAUGGAUGGGCUGUUUCUCGCAGUGGACGAGAUCGUGGACGGAGGGGUGAUUCUGGAGAGUGAUCCUCAGCAGGUGGUGCAUCGCGUGGCUCUGAGGGGAGACGAUGCUCCUCUGACAGAGCAGACUGUCACUCAGGUUCUUCAGUCUGCGAAAGAGCAGAUCAAGUGGUCUCUGCUACGAUAGAUUUGAAAACGAGAGCCUUCCUCCCGAGGAACUACAACCUCCCUCCCCAGCUCUCUCUCUCCACCAAUUAGAAAGACACAGGGACCUCAUCGUUGUUUUUGUUUCUUUGUAAUUAUAUAUAGAUUUGUAUGUUUUGUAAUCAUUCAUUCCACAUGUGUGUCGAACAGUGGCGAGUCUGUUAAUUUCCUGUUGAUUUGAUGACAUGGUUUUAUAAGGUGUGCUGCAUUACUGUCAGGUCCUCUGGACCCUCCCACUCAUGAAUAUUAACGCCCCGCUGAUGAAUAUUCACGACUGCUGCUCCUUUAGCAUUUUGUGUAGGGGGGUGAGGGACCUCUUUUAAAAGCGGGUGCAGUCCCUGUUAGAGCAGUUUGCUGGUUAAAUAUUGAUGAAUACACUGAUAACAACCGUUCAAUCCCUUCUUAAUACAAACAUUGUUUGGGGAGGGGAGAGAAAAUGCUGCAUUUGAGUGGCUGUUCUGAUCGAAGGGUAUUGUGGGUUUCUGGCAGUCAGCUAGAAGAAAGCGAGCCGCUUCUUGUUUUUUUUCCCCCUUGAGCGAGUGCAGAGGAUUUCUUCGGGGCGAUUAUUGGAGAUGUUGGUUAAAUUAAUGAAUGUUUUUAGCUGCUCGCUAACAAGGGCAUGCAGCUCUCCUCCCCUUGGCCAGUUCCCUCUGAUUAGGGGGCAGGUGGAUCAUGUGACAGCAGCGACGCUGCAGCAUGUACAGUGUAAAGCCUGCUUCCGUCAACAUUCAGAAUGGAUUUCAAUAAAACAUGUGUUCAGACUCGCUCAAA